CACGCUCAUUCCUCUGUGCGAGGGGUGCAUCCUGUGGAAAGGGUUUAACUAUGGAAGACGAGAAAAGAACGACUUUGAAGUCGGGACACUUCGGUGCUGCUUCUUCAGUAUGGAAGAAUGAUCCCAGUGUUAUUUCUUCAGACGGGGAUCAUUGGGUACAGAAGACUGCCUUUGACUGUGCGCCGCCGUAAUAGAAGAUGCGCGGAUUGCUUAUAAGCCAAGAAGAGCGGAAAAACAAGGUGCCAGGGGUGUGUCAACGUUUUUCCUCCGUUUUCACCUGCAAACCUCCCCAAACCGCUCCGCCGGGAGAACCGUCAGCUUCAUCUGCAUUCACCCGGCGUGUGCCUUCCGCGGUGCCAGGCGACGAGGCUGCGCUUGGCACACACCUGCUGGGGCACCGCCAGCCUGCAUAAAAAGAAGAGGUCCCGCUGUGUAGCUGUACAUCCGCCGAGAUUCGGGGUUUUUUUCUCCUCCGGGCACAGGAAUGCUCGACUGCGUUUCUCACAGGCCUUUAUUCCUAAAGGCACUUUCGAAAGAGGCCGUGGAACUGGAUUACAUGCUGUCCGGGGGCACGGGUUAUUUUGAUUCUGCUUUUCUCCCUGAGGGCUCUCCGGGGAAAACUCUCUCUCUCUCUCCGUGCUACUUAAUCUUUCGAUCUAGUUCAAUUGGGAUUUCUCUCAUUAUUGAUCAGAAACGUGUUCACCGCGGCUCCUCCGCGGAGAUGUGAACUCAGACGCGUUUGUUCUGCUUUAUUCUGGGGAUUUGAAGGUGGCGACGCGGGGAAGGAGACGCGGUGCGUUGUCUCUUUAAAUGCAAACGAGACCUUUCCCUGACGCCGGGCGCUGGGGUUUUGUUCGGGCUCAGAUCCGAAUGAGCGGCUCGGCGUGUCCGCAAAUUGCGCGUUGAAUUGGGGUCGGAAUUUCAGACUCUAACGUCAGAUUAUAUAAAGCCUCGUCCGAGCGAGACCGCCUCAGUUCCCUGAUUUUAUUCCUGCGCCCGUCUUUACGUGCAGGCCUCCUCUCUGCCCGCAGAUGGAGGACAAGAGGAAGAAGAGGAGCCCCAAGGUGUCCCUGGUGCAGCCCCCCCCGCCGCCUCCCGCCAACCCCCGCAAGCUCUCCGUGCCCGCCAGCAAGAGCGCCACCUUCUCCCUGGGCCUGCCGCAGCCGCCCUCGCCCAGACCGCGGGGCAAGUUCAAGAGGUCGCACAGGGAGAAGGCCCGCGCCCCCCCGGCCGCCGGCCCCGGUAAAGUGGCCCAGUCGUCCCCCCUGCAGCACUCCUUCCUCACUGACGUGUCCGACGUGCGCGAGAUGGAGGGCGGCCUCCUGAACCUGCUCAACGACUUCCACUCGGGCAAGCUGCAGGCUUUCGGGAAGGUGUGCUCGUUCGAGCAGCUGGAGCACGUGCGCGAGAUGCAGGAGAAGCUGGCCCGCCUGCACUUCAGCCUGGACAGCCACGUGGAGGAGCUCUCAGAGGACCAGAAGAAAUCCGCCUCCGACCACAACCUGGAGCACCUGCUGUGCAACCUGGAGGAACUCAGCAACUCCAUACAGAAAUUACAUUUAGCAGAAAACCAAGAGCUCCCUAAGACACCUGCGUCAUGAAGAGGAGCCCCGGUGAGGAAGACUGAGGGCUAAAAGGAGCAAGAGGAACUUCCAAGGGGAAAAGAGUGACUUGUGUGAAGGGACGUUGUGUGAGCAUGGCAAUCUGUUGUAGCAAGGUAUAAAAUGGAGUGUGUAGGGCAGGUCAUCGAUCAAGCACAGAUCCACUCUAAGCAAGCUGUGAGGUAUUUUGCAUUAUACAAAUUUCACAGUUCAGAUGUUCAGUUCGCAGUAUAUUCAUAUUUCGGGUGAUUUAAAAAUAAUUACUUUGAGGCAGCCCACUUAAGCUUUUUACAGUCAGUAGAGCACAAGCACAAGACGAUCUUGCCAGUGUGACUGUUGUCAAACAAUGAGAGACUUCAGGUGAUUAUUUACUAUCCCUACGUUUUUUAAAAGAAGUUUGUGAUCCAUUGCCUCUCUGUCAGUGAUUUCCAACUGUGAUGUCUUCAGCACUAGUCAUCCUGCUCAUCUCCAUCCAUUUCCAACUGUUUCUCCUUUUCCUCAGGAGCAAAUGAGUGUAGAAAUAAGGGCUCAUUCUGAAAAGAGGCAGUUUUUUCUUUAAAGUAUGAACUCCAUGUCACUUCAUAACCUAAGAUUUUGUAACUAGUGCAGGGUGAGACUGUUUGGUCACCUAAUCACUACGCUAGAGAAACUAUUUUUUUCCAGGAUUGCUUUGCAGACACUCAGUAUCUGUAGUUGUCUGUGUGCUUGAUUGGAAUAAUUAGGUGCAUGACUAAAUGAGCUGUGCUGUCGACACUGUUUCAAUUGAUCAUCUUUACCUACUGAGUCCUUAAAAUGGUGUUUGAACCUUGAAAGAGAAUGUUCCGUAAACGUAUGUAUUGUAUUAUAAAUGUUGUAUGCAAAUUUUUGUUUGAAAACGGCAAAACUGUUGUUUAGGAUUUGAGUAAAUGAAGAUGUGCAUGCCUGAAUUGGGCCUAGAGACGGCACGUGUUGUUUGGAAGCACAAAACAAUUUUGAGGUGCUAAAUUUAAAGAGCACAGUGGGCAUAAAAGGAAAUGAGAGUCUGAAAAACCAGAACUGGAAGAUUAGUGCGUUUUCAUGAGCCAAUUAUGUUUGACCAGCAUAGCAGGAAUUAUAUUCUACUUUUUUUAUUUCUGGGCAUCACUGUAACUAUGAUGAUGAUGAUGAUGAUGAUGAUUAGCCUUUCAACAGCUCUACAAAAGCUUUGCAGCUAAGCUUUGAUGCUGGAGAUCACAAUGGCAGUCCUGGCCUGUUGGAUAUGGUGUCCAUUCUGCUUUUCUGUGUGGACUACAAAAUUGAUUUCGCCUGGCUAUUUUUAGUCAUAUUAAAGGAGACUUGCAAAGCCAUUCUGGUUUAAUAGCAAGAGCACCAAUAAAACAACAGUGCUAAAAAGUACUGUCAUGUAGCAAUUACAACAGCAAACAUAGUUCCAGAGCAGAUAACUACAGAUCUUUAGAGCUUUAUUCAAAGGCACAAUGUAGCAGAGAAUGGCAACUGAUUUUCUUUUUCUUGAACUGGAUCUCAGGCCAGCUUCUGCCAAAUUAAGUUGUCUGCACAAUCUAACACCUGUUCCUUCCUCCUUACUGGACACUUUGCUACUAAGACAUCUCACACCAAGCAUUGUACUUGUGAUGAGGCUCAAACAAGCCCUAUUACAUGUGCAGAUCUGUUGUUGAUUCAUAGAAUGUGUGCUAUUUAAAAAUUGAUUGAUAUUUGAAUGCAAUUACACAAAUGUAGCAACCGCACAAACAGUAUAAAUUUAAAAUUGUUCCAUUUAGCUCUAUGCUAUCAAACAGCUUAGGGACAUGUAGCCAUAUACAGUCUGGAAAACUAGCCUACAGAAAUGGGUACCUACAGAUAUGAAACACAAGCAUACUCAAACAGCCAUCUCAAUGCAUGUGAUAUGCUAAGUAAAUCCACACUGACAAUGAAUAAGACCUUAUACUCAUGUUCAUCAAGCCUCAGAAGAUGACUGUUCAUUUAUGAUUGUGGUAUUUGUAGAAAUUGUUAAGGGGAAAUAUUUGCAGCCCUGUACUAUAUUUCUAUGUACUGGAAAACAUUUUAAAUGUAUCCCUUAAAUUACUGUGCAGAAUGAUCUACGAAGUUGUUUUUGCUUCAGCUCAAACGCCACUCCUCAUUUUAUGAAUGCCAUUGCAAGUUUAUAGUGCAGAUUUACUAAGAGAAAAUAAUCUUAAAUAUUUAAGGUUAAAUAAAAAUUAGUGUCACUUAAAACAUUUCGGGAAAAUACCCCCUUUUGAUUUUUUGGAGUUAAGAAAAACUGUGAGUUCUUCAAUGGCAUCCCAUUACUUUUUAACCGUGACAAGGAAAUUCUCACGUGUGGAAAGAUUAAGUAGUUAUGCAGAUAGCCAUCUUAAAUGGGAUUAUAGCCAUAGUUUGAGCUUUGUCGAGUAAAUAAAGGCAGCUAGGAUGUUAAAAGGUGUUUUGAAGUUUUAAUGUCUGCUGAAAAAUUAAGAGUAGACUUCAGAAUUAGACCGCAAAGGUGCUAAGUGUUUUUGUGGUAUUUUCAAGGGAACCUUCAGCAAGCCAAGAGGUUUCAGGUAUCUAUUUCUUAUAUAAUGUUUGAGGUUUCUAGUAGCCCAUUUGUAUGUUAUUACUGUAAUAAAAUUGCAUUGAUCAUAAUUUUGCUGCCAGUAGUCAUUUGAAAAACAUAAUUAUUGUGCACUAAUUGUUGGCAUUCAUUGUCAUUUUGGGUCAUAUAUGUUAUACUAAGCUGUAUUUUCUAGAUUAAAUGGAUUUUGUAUUAACUUUAAUUUAGAAAUAAAGAAAAUAACGGUA